AAGGCAGAUCCUUCUGUCCGUGGAAUAAGAGGAAGCGGACGUUUGAUUCCUGCACAUUCACCGUUUGCUUCCAAUUUGGACUUUUGCGGACAUGAUAAGGUGAAGUUGGCAUUCAGAUUGGUGUUCCUGUUGCCAUCCUUGUGCUGUCUCGUUGGACAUUUGACAUCAUUCUUGCUGAUUCUGAUUCUGGUCGGUUUUGACGCUUACUAGAAGCCUGCUUCAAAAGUUUACUGCAAUAUUUAUCUUUUGACUCGCCAUCUUGUUGAUAGAAGAUCUCGCGUUUUUGCCUUCCGAUUCCUUCCACUGUCUGCCUUCUGUUUAAUCCAGGGUAUCAGAGUCAAUAGCCGGCGCUUUACUAGUCUUGCUUCAAAAUUGGGUUCUCAAGCUCCUACUUCUUUUCCAUGAAGACCCUCUGGUAGAAGGAGAGACUGGGCCACCUGCUCUCUACGGAUGCUUGAGAACUGAGAGCAGGGCCCUAUAUCGUCCCUUUGUAAUCAUACAUCUUGGUUUCUUUUUCCUCUUUCUUCCCGAGAGAAUAUCGGUCUCUUUGAUCCCGCACCUACUCCUACCUAUUGGUCGCAUUUCAGAAGAAUAAUUCCAAGGGAUCUACCAUAGAGGGAAGCUUUCCUCGCCUUUUACCCGGCCGAGGCAAUUUGGAUGUGCAGAAGUCGGCCUCGACAGGGAGAGCGGAGGGGGAGAUGGGUCGUCCUUCGUGGGGCUUGACAAUCUUCACUCAGCUGGCUCUCUGUGGCUUGCUGUGCGUUGCCUUCUUUAUGGGUAAGCCUCAGAAUCCCGGCAGAGAAGAACCAUUGGAUGUGUAUUUCAUGAGCGUCAGCGGGGGGCAUAGACCAUUGAAGCAUCAGAUCAAUCUCCUGAAACAAAUGGAAAAGCUGGUCAAGAGUUACAAUGUAAAGUUCGUCAUCAGUAUCAGCGAGCUCGGUGACGAGGAUCCCCUCUUGCAGAAUGUGAGCAGGAAUUUCCCAUCGCUAAAUAUUCCAUGGUAUGGGACUAACUUUUCUCAAGGGAAAGGACACCUUGCAAAGCAGAUCACAAUCCCGUAUGGAAAUAUCCUAGAUAUUGUGUUUGUUGAUACCAGAAUGCUGAAGGAUAAAGUACUGAUGGAACAAUCAAAUCAUAAUGGGAUGCUAGUGGACCAACAAAACUUGCUCAUGAGAACAUUAUCACAGGCUAAUGGCAAUUGGCGUAUCAUUGUUGGAUAUCACCCCCUAAUUGUUUGCCAAGGGCCAGAGAACACCAUCACACCUACCAAAACAACUGAACUCUAUGAGCCUUUGCACCACGCUUUAGUCAGAUAUGGGAUUGACAUGUAUCUGAGCACUCAGGCUCGCAUUGGCCAUUAUAUUCGAGACAAGGGGAUCACUUACAUUGGAAACCCAGAAUUUGGCAUUGAGAGUCGUAGUUUUCCUUCAGAAAAUGAUAACUCUGGCUGCAUUAGUGGAGCGGAACAUGGAUUUCUUCUACACAGAGUUAGCCCCCUGGAGAUUGAGUCUUAUUUCAUCGAUACAAAAGGCAAAGUAGUCUUCAGGUCCACCCUUCACCAGAGAGGCAAAGAAGUCAUAUAAUCGCCGCAGACCAUUGCUUCCUUUGAGUCUUGUUGUCUAUUUUGUUGGUCAUUCCUUGUUAAUUUAUAUUCCUUCAUUUUUCUGUUCACCUUUUUACAGUGUCAUUUUUUCUGUAUGGGGGAUGAACAGAGGAGAAAGGCAAUAAAGAUUUAUGCAUUAUAAGGUCCUCA